AUGCCUUGCUGGGACACCUACAAGCUGUCCAGUCUGUGCAAACUGAUGGCUGUGGUGCGCCUCAACCUGCAGGAUUCCCUCCGCUCCCUCGUGCAGGAUUCUCUGACCAGCCUGACUCAGCUGCUGCUGGAUGCCUGCCACAGUCUGCUGACGUGUCCUCAGGACCUGGUCUGGGGUAAUGAUCUCAUCACCAGCCCCUACCAGCCAAAGAAGGAUCCUGUGUUCGUGUUUGUAUUGCAGAAAAUGUUCAUACACGACGUGGAGUGGCUUGAGACAGUGAAUGUGUGGGAGCCAGAAGUGAAAGAGCUGAGGAAGAAGAUCAGCAAUUGCCUGGCAUGCGACAUGUAUAGUGCGAUGAAUGAAAAGCUACAUAAGAAACCCAAGCGCAUCGAGGAAUUGGCUGAAAAGAGGGAAUGGAUGAAGCAGAUUCCAGAAGAGCUCAAAAACUUGAAGGAACUUGUCAACAAGACCAUGUCAGAUUAUGAAAUGUUGGAGGAAUUAUUCUACAAUCUGACAAAUGAGGAUUUCAAUCAAAAGUGCACUACUAUUUGGUGGCCUCAGCGGAUAAUGAACAACAUGGAAACAGUCGUCACCCAGCAUGUGGAGGAUGAGGAGCGUUUCCGCAAAAUUCAACUGGCGGAUCAAGAUAGCUUUGAGGAGCGCCUGGAUUCUUUACAGAUGCUAGUUGCUGGGUUUGCAAAGAAUGUCGAUAUUGAACGUGCCCGAGAGCUUUCAAACAAGAUCCAACAUAUCAGUAAGCAAGUGAAGGAGUGCCAGACUAUGGCCCAAACAUACAACACCAGAGAGCGUCUGUUUGGUAUGCCUGCCACCAAUUAUGAUCGUGUGCAUAAAUUGAUCAAAGACUGUCAACCAUUUGAUGACCUUUGGAAAACCACCUCUGAUUGGCUAUAUUGGCAUGAGCGGUGGCUCAAUGAUCCACUGUCUUCCAUUGACCCUGAGCAGCUUGAGUGCACAGUCAAAGAUGCCCUCAAGACAGUGCACACAUGUGUUGAGCAUUUCAAGGACAUUCCUGAUUGCCAAGAGGUGGCAACUUUUAUCCGUAAAAAGAUCGAGGACUUCCUUCCCUACGUCCCGAUACUUCAGGGUCUGAGAAACCCAGGAAUGAGGAGCCGCCACUGGGAAAUGCUUUCAGAACGCAUUCAGAUGGAAGUGGAGCCCAAAGCCAACUGGACCUUCUCUCACUGUCUGGAGCUCGGCCUGCAGAAUUAUAUGGACGAUGUAGCUUAUGUAGCUGAGGUUUCUGGGAAAGAGCACUCCAUCGAACAGGCCCUGGAAAAGAUGGAGCAGGAGUGGCUGCCAGUGGUCUUUGAUGUGUUGCCCCACAAGGAGACACAAACCUACAUUUUGAAGAGUCCAGAUGGAGUGUCCCAGUUGCUUAAUGAUCACAUUGUCAUGACACAGAACUUGUCCGUCCCACAAUUUAAAACAGCCUUUGAAGGCCGCAUCAACACCUGGGAGAGCAAGCUACACAUGACUCGAGAUGUGCUGAAGGAGUGGCUGAUGUGCCAGAGUUCCUGGUUAAAUUUGAAGCCCGCCUUCAGCUCUGAUGAAAUUAACCGGCAGCUGCCCGUAGAGGCAAGAACAUUCAAGAAAAUGGACGGAAUAUGGCGAAGACUCAUGAAAACUGCCUUUGAUAAUCGGAAGGUGAUGGAGCUUUGUCCCGAUGCUGUCCUGUUUGCCAAACUUAGGCUGUGCAACAAACUUUUGGGGCAGGUGCAGAAAGGUUUCAGUGAUUACUUGGCGACCAGUGGAGGCUCUAUUCCCACACUGUAA